GUGUUCCUCGCCGAGCUGAAGAACACCGACCAGUACUUCGCCCUGAAAGCCUUGAAGAAGGACGUGGUGCUGAUGGAUGAUGACGUUGAAUGCACGAUGGUGGAGAAGAGAGUCCUCUCCUUAGCUUGGGAGCACCCAUUCCUGACACACGUCUUCUGCACCUUCCAGACCAAGGAAAACCUCUUUUUCGUAAUGGAAUACCUCAAUGGAGGAGACCUCAUGUUCCAUAUCCAGAGCUGUCAUAAGUUCGACCUUCCCAGAGCAACGUUUUAUGCUGCUGAAAUCAUAUGUGGUCUGCAGUUCCUCCAUUCCAAAGGGAUAAUAUACAGAGACUUGAAGCUAGAUAACGUGCUCUUGGACAACGAAGGGCACAUCAAAAUUGCCGACUUUGGAAUGUGUAAGGAGAACAUGUUUGGAGAUGCAAAGACGAGCACUUUUUGUGGGACUCCUGACUAUAUUGCUCCUGAGAUUUUGCUGGGGCAGAAGUACAAUUCCUCCGUUGACUGGUGGUCAUUUGGUGUCCUCCUAUAUGAGAUGCUUAUUGGCCAAUCUCCUUUCCACGGCCAAGAUGAAGAGGAGCUUUUCCAGUCUAUCCGCAUGGAUAACCCAUUUUACCCUCGCUGGCUUGACAAGGAUGCAAAGGACAUUCUGGUGAAGGUAAGAAUUAUCAAAUAUCUAACAUGUUUUUACCAGAACGGUCAUCUUCAUCUGUUCAGAGAAACGGCUCUAGCAUGAUAGGAGUAAAGUGAGUCACCUUCCUGUAAAUCUCCAAGUGACUGUAGCAAUUUCGACAAGGAAUUCCUAAAUGAAAAACCCAGACUGUCCUGUGCUGACAGAACACUGAUUAACAGCAUGGACCAAAAUAUGUUCAGCAACUUUUCUUUUGUGAACCCUAAAAUGGAGAAGAUAUUUUCCUGAGA